GCUGUUCAGUUCUAGUUUCUGAAUGCGAAAAUAGUUUUCACUUUUACUAUUUGUAUCAUACAUAGCUUUAUGUAAUAUGUAAAUUAAUUAGAAGAGAAAUAGUAGCUGUGGUUGUUUUCGUUGUUUUUUCUUUUGGUUUUGUUUUGAGUCUCCUUUUUCUUCCUACAUAAAAAAAAUAUGGCUGAUAUAUUUGCACGAGUUUCAUUCUAUCCAUCACUGCUUUACAAUGUCAUCGUGGAAAAGACUACUUCCAAACAUUGGUUCGAUCGCGUCGAUGAGAACGUUAUUCUCGGGGCUUUACCCUUUCGCUCAAUGACUAACAAUCUUGUUAGAAAAGAAAACCUCAAAGCUGUAGUCGCUAUGAACGAGGAUUAUGAAUUGACUGUUUUUUCAAAUGAUGCACCCAAAUGGGCACGAUUAGGAAUUGAUUUUCUACAACUGGCCACAACUGAUUUCGAAUCACCUAGUCAAGAGAAAUUGUACCGAGGAGUCGAGUUCAUAAACAAAUUUCUAGCCAAAAACGAUAGAAUCCCAAACCUGAGCACAAGUUCACUGCCUGAGAAUUUCGGAACUGUUUAUGUACAUUGUAAAGCUGGACGAUCACGUAGCUCAACUCUUGUUGGAUGUUAUUUAAUGAUGAGGAAUAAUUGGACGCCAGAACAAGCUGUAGAUUUUAUGCAUGAAUUACGCCCCCAGAUUGCAAUACACAGAAAAAAUUGGGAAUCCCUUAGAGUUUUUUAUAAAAACCAUGUUCAAAACCAAUCUUGACAUUUUUUUAAAUUCAAAAAAUUCGUACAUUGUUUAUGUUUUUUGUACUUUGUGUUAAAUUAUUAUGUCUUUUUGUUUUCACAUUUAUUAAUGCAUAUUUGCAAUGCCAAACAUUUUAUUAUAUUGUUUAUGUUUUUUUUUGUAACUAUUUAAUUUUUUUCUGUACCUAUUUGUUUGUCCAAUAAAUUUGAAGUCGAGAAUGCCAAAUUUUUAAAACAUUUUACCAAACAUUAUAUUUUUAAUAAUUUUUAAUAAAAUUUUAUAUUUUCAUUGA